AUGACGGAAAAGAUUAAAUAUGAACAGAGACCGAGCUCUCAACAUGUCGAGUCUAAUGACCCGGAGAAGGACCAGCCCCAGGUGGUGAUCCCUCAAGAGCGCCAGUCGGUCAUCCGUAGAAAAUUUGAUCGUCGUGUCUUGCCAAUUGUAUGUAUUCUAUACAUUCUAUCAUACUUGGAUCGAGGAAACAUCGGCAACGCCAAGGCUGCUGGACUCGACAAGGAUCUUAACCUCAGUGACUACCAGUGGUCUUGGGUCUUGUAUGCCUUUUAUAUCUGCUAUAUCCUAUUUGAUUGGACUACAGUCCUAUGGAAAAUCCUCCCGGCACAUUCCUACAUUGCCGUUCUCUGCAUUUGCUGGGGCACAGCUGCCAUGUGUAGUGGUGCAGUCAACAAUUUCGCUCAGAUUCUCGCCACUCGGUCCCUGCUGGGUAUCUUCGAAUCCGUCUUUGGCUCUGGUGCACCAUACUUCCUUUCUUUGUUCUACCAAAGACAAGAACUAGGGCUCCGGGUAUCAAUACUCCUUGGGAUGUCCCCAGUUGCCAAUUGUUUUGCUUCUGCUCUUGCCUAUGGUAUUACCCACAUCAGGGGAUCUAUAGAGCCAUGGCGCUAUCUAUUUAUCAUUGAAGGCGCACCAACAGUCCUCUUCUCAGUGGUGGUAUUCUUCUUCCUCCCGGACUCACCAGGCUCAGCAUCCUUCCUGGACGAAAGGGAACAAACAGAAGCAGUAGAACGCCUGCAAUCAUUCGACACAACAGAGAAACACAAAGUUCGCUGGUCUCAAGUCCUGAGCGGAUUAUCAGACUACAAAAACUACAUCCACAUGCUCAUUCACUUCUGUUGCAACUACUCAUUUGCGGGGCUCUCAAACUUCCUCCCAACAAUCAUCCAGCAUAUGGGCUACACUUCCAUCAAUGCUCAAGGCCUAUCAGCACCACCCUACCUCGUCUCCUUCCUCUGCUGUCUAGCAGCCGCCUUCCUCUCGGACAGAUGGGGAAAACGCGGUAUCCUAAUUACAUUUUUCGCAACGAUAGGGACAGUUGGGUAUCUACUUCUCACGUGCGUGCAAGAUCAAUCAAAUACCGCGGCGCGGUAUGCGGGUGUUUGGCUAGCGACCUGUGGGAUCUUUCCUGCUCUCGCGCUAAAUAUAACUUGGUUGAUGGAUAACCAGGGCGGGGAAAGUAAAAGAGGUGCUGGGAUGGCUAUCCUUGCUGUCUUUGGACAAUGUUCUAGCUUGAUUAGUAGUUCUGUGUUUCCUAAUUCUGAUGCGCCGCUCUAUACGCUAGGAUGUGGGAUUGGGUGUGCUUUUACCGGGUUGAUUGCUGUCUUGGCUAUGGGGUUGAGUGUUAAGCUGACCUUGGAGAAUCGGAGACGGGAUCAGGUUUAUGGGGUUGUUGGUGUGAAUGAGAGGGUUGAUGUUACUGAUGCGGGUGAUAAUCAUCCCAAGUUUCGUUAUUUGACUUGA